AUGAGGCGCUACAAGGCCCUGUUCAAGAAGCACGACGAAGCGCGCUUCGACAAGUACCUCGAGGACGUUGAGGCUGGCAAGGCCAAGAUCGCGGCUGGCACGCUCCUGCCCCACGAGAUCGCCGCCGCUGCGUUUCGUGGCCAGGCCGACGACGUGUCGGAGCUGCAGUGGCGCCGCAUGGCCGUCUGCAAGAAGGGGUCUCUGAGCAACUGCAUCGCCGUCUGCGACGUUUCUGGAAGCAUGAACGGCACGCCGAUGGAGGUGUGCGUGGCGCUGGGUCUGCUCAUCUCUGAGCUCAGCGAGAAGCCAUGGGCGGGCAGGGUGAUCACGUUCAGCAUGAUUCCCCAGAUCCACAAGAUUGAGGGCAAGACCCUCGUCGAGAAGAUGAGCUUCAUCGAGCGCAUGCAGGGGAACGUGAACACCAACUUCCAGGCGGUCUUCGACCGCAUCCUACGCACGGCGGUGGACAUGGAGUUUGACCAGGCGUCUGCUAGUCCUUGGGAGACGGACUACCAGGCCAUCUGCCGCAAGUUCAAUGACGCCGGGUACGGCGACGCGGUGCCUCAGAUCGUGUUCUGGAACCUGAGGGACUCAAAGUCGACGCCAGUGACGUCAACGCAGCCCGGAGUCGCGAUGGUGAGCGGCUUCUCCAAGAACUUGGUCAAGCUUUUCCUGGAGAACGAUGGCGUGGUGAACUCGGAGGCCGUCAUGAAGGCAGCCAUCGCCGGUGAGGAGUACCAGAAGCUUGCUGUGUUUGAUUGA